GCGGAGCCACGCACCGCGGCCGACCGGGGGCCCUCUAGAGAGGGGAGGAGCUGUACGCAACGCCGAGGCUUGGAUCCCGCAGCGGCGGCCUUUCCGGACCUACCGAGCAUAAAUGAUCCGAGAAGAGAACCGAAACCGCUCGUGAUCCGAGAGUCUGCGGGCUGUCAGCACCGACAAGGCGCUGAUUGUGGUGGAGGCGGCUCAGACCCGGGCAGGUACAGGAGCCUCGGAUCGGCUGACCCCACGGGCUCCGGGGCCCCCUCCUCCCCCCUGGUCCCAGGCGGCUGUCAGACCCUCAGCAUCAUGGACACCUCCUGGAGUAAUUUCCUCUUUCAGGCGGCGCCGACUCAGACCCAACCUGAGACGCCGCUCCAGUCCGAGCUGCUUCCUGAGCUGACGGGCCCGGCUCAGAGUCCUCCAGCGGAGCACAUCGUGACGCCGCCGUCUACCGUGGACACGGCGGCGCUGAGCGAGGAGCCGCUGCCUGUUAAGCCCCUCCCCAAACCCAGCCGGCCCGCCCACAUCUGCGCCACGUGCAACAAGGAGUUCAAGAACAGCUACAACCUGCGGCGGCACCAGUCCGUCCACACUGGCAUCAAGAUGAAGGACCGGGUGGUGCGGGACAAGGAGGACGUAGCCAAAGGGGGACGGCUGGAGAAACAGACCAUCCCCCUGUCCCUUCUUCAGCUCGCCCUGCCCCCUCAGGCUCCGCCUCCCAUCACCCUGGAGACCCUCCCCCAGCCCAUCCAGCUGACCAACCAGGAGGGCCAACCCAUCUCCGUGUCCAUAGCCCCGGCGACGGUGACCUUGGCUCCGCCGCAGCCCAUCCAGGCAGCCGUCGUCGUCGUCGGUUCUGUGGAGCAGAACCCCCUCCCCCUCCCGAGUGCCAACCAGGUGAGGAAGAACCACGCCUGCGAGGCCUGUGGGAAGGCCUUCAGAGACGUGUACCACCUGAAUCGCCACCGGCUGUCCCACUCGGACGAGAAGCCGUACUCCUGUCCCAUCUGCCAGCAGCGCUUCAAGAGGAAGGACCGCAUGAGUUACCACGUGCGCUCGCACCAGGGCGGCGUGGAGAAACCCUACAUCUGUCCGCACUGUGCCAAGGCCUUCUCCAGGCCGGAUCACCUGAACAGUCAUGUCCGACAGGUGCACUCCACCGAGAGACCGUUCAAAUGCACGACGUGCACGUCGGCAUUCGCCACGCGGGACCGCCUCCGUGCGCACCUGAUCCGUCAUGAGGAGAAGGUGCCGUGUCACAUCUGUGGGAAGCUGCUGUCGGCGGCGUACAUCACCGACCACAUGAGGGUCCACAACCAGGCGCAGCACCACGCCUGUCACCUCUGCAACCGCAGCUUUACCACCCUAACCUACCUGCGGGUCCACGCCCAGAAGCAUCAUGGCCAGGAGUGGAAGGAGAGCGGCGGGGCGCGGGGGGCCUUCGGUGGGGCGGGGGCCGGCGGGGUCCUGCUCUGCCAGCUCUGCGGGGUCCAGUGUAAGACGGCCACGCAGCUCCAGGGUCACAUGGGCACCCACGCCCAGCAGGGUGACCCCGACCCCGGCCCGACCAGCACCGGAUCCGUGGGUACCACCGAUGUUCCCGUCACCGUGUCCAGCCCGAGCGUGGUGGGACUGCUGGUUACUGACUGCUCCGGUAUCGCCCCCCAAACCCACAGCUAGCACUCUGCCAGGGGGAGGAGGCAGUGAGAAGGAGGCGGAGACAGAGCAGCUGGAACAGGACCAGCAGCGGAGGUUCGGACCUUGUUUGUUCUGAAUGCUGAAUUUUCUGUGGAGCGACUAAUCAGUUGGACAGACUCUCAGACGGUGGAGACGUUGGACAUGAAAGGAGACGCCUUCGUCCUCCAGAGAAGACAAAGACGUCAUCUUUUUAAUUCAGAUUUAACUGCCAUCAUGUGUUCGUUUUGUUGUUUUUAAACCGUUUAUAUUUCAUGAAGUCUCGUUUACGAUGAGGACGUUUGUUCGUCCGAGCCGGACCUGCAGGGUUCUGAUGGCAGAUAGACACUUUUCUACAGCCGGACCGGAUCGCCUUUUCCUGAACUCUGAAUGUGCUCCUCUGAUGCUCAUUUGUGCGUCUUGACCUCGGCGUGUGAUGUGUAGCUUCCUGUCAUAUGGUUGUAAUGAUGCGUAGCGCCUCAUCCACUUCCUGAAUUAAACGCA